GCCCCCUUCUCUUAUCCCCUCAUUUCGUCCUUUGUGUUCAUCUGCAAGUUGUGGGCGCCGUUCAGCCUGAUGCCGACGAGCUUCUCGACCUUCUCACGCGUAGGGUAGUCCCACUUGGGGUAUGGCUAUCCUUCCUUCUCUUUCUCCUCACCUGCAUGGAGGAGGAAGAGGCUGCUCGAGCCUGGGGCAGGUAGACAGCCUCUUCGAGGAGGUCCUGCUCGAGACGCGGGGCCAUCGAGGCCUCCUUGGCGCCGUCUUCGCGGAGGCUGGCCUCCGCAGCGAGCUCGCCGAGGUGACGGCGGACCAGCUCGUGGCGGCCUUCCUCAAGAUCCGUGACCCGGGGCGCCUGGGCGACCGCGGCUUCGCCUUCUUGCGAUCCAUCUUCGAGGAGGCCGACGAGGACGGAGACGGGGCGCUGAGCCGCGCCGAGAUCAAGGACUCGCUGUACACCGACAAGGUCACCCGCAGGCUCCAGCAGCUCGGGCUCCCCGCGCCGGACUGGCUGGCCAUCUACGACGAGCUGGACGCCGAUGGCGACGGGUGCCUCUCCUGGGACGAGCUCCAGGAGGGCGUCGGCGCCCUGUGGGCGGCCGAGGUCGAGAGGCGCCAGAUGGCGACCCAGGCGAUCUCGUUCGCAGACAAGGACCUCCGCAAGGAUGUCUUCAUGUGAGCUCGGGCGCAGGAUCUUGAGCCCAGAGCCUGUAGUCUAGGUAUCCGUGUGUUCGCUGCCAGCGUUCUGGCAGUGCCAUUUGAAACGGAUUUUUUUCUGCCGCCAGUGCGGUUCCAUUCCCAUGUGCGAAAUUUUCCUUGCACUUCGACGUGUCUUCGCACAUUGGCGUUGUGGUGGUUGAUUCACAUUGAAUCUCCAAUACAUGCUGCUGCCACUCUCGAAUACGUAUGUAUUCGCACAUUGAUCUGGUGCCGAUGAGCUGCUUCGACUUCCCUCAGGGAUCAGCGGCACGCCACGGCAGCGAUGUCGAAAAG